AUGCCCAACGCCCAACUCAGUCUGCCGGAUAACUGCCCACCCCUGGAGAAGAACUCUUACGUCAACAUCCGCCAGUGCUACUCCGUCCAACUCGAGGCGUUGCGUCCGUAUCGGAGGGAUGGCAGGGAUCCAACUCUGGGCAAGGCAUCACUCAAGGCGCUGAAGGAGGCAUCUGCAUUCAUCGACCUCUACGAUCCCAACACGCCGAAAAAGUUGCGAGAUGCCAAGGCGUGGGAGAUGAUAGGGAAGAGUCCGAAGAAGGUAUCGAGUCGAGGUGAGGACAUUCCAUCGCCGCAGGAGGAGGCUUUUCACGCCCCACGUUGCUCCGGCUUCGUCGUCGUGCUGGGCUUGGCUGGCUCAUUCCGUGCUAUCUUGGUUGCUAUGUCUCUUUUUGACAUGCCGCUGAUACUCAAGCCAAGGUAUUAA